AUGGCCCUGCUGCUGACCCCUCUGCUGACCCUGGCCGCGCUCUGGCUGGCCCCGACGGUGCGUGCCCGGCCGCUGUCGGACGCGGGUCCGCACGUCUACUACGGCUGGGGGGAGCCCAUUCGCCUGCGGCAUCUCUACACUGCCAAUCGGCAUGGGCUGGCCAGCUUCUUCUUCCUUCGGAUCCACCGCGACGGCCGCGUGGACGGCAGCCGGAGUCAGAGCGCGCUGAGUUUGCUGGAGAUCAAGGCUGUAGCUCUUCGGACCGUGGCGAUCAAAGGUGUCCACAGCUCUCGGUACCUGUGUAUGGGAGACGCCGGGAAGCUCCAGGGAUCGGUGAGGUUCUCUGCCCAAGACUGCACCUUUGAGGAGCAGAUCCGCCCUGAUGGCUAUAACGUGUACCAGUCCCAGAAGUACGGCCUCCCUGUCUCCCUCUGCAGCGACCGGCAGAGGCAGCUGUUCCACGGCAAGGACUUCCUGCCUCUGUCUCAUUUCUUGCCCAUGAUCAGCUCCGUUCCUCUGGAGGCUGAGGAGUCUGGGGGCCACAGAGAGGCCUUUGACCCUGAGAUGUUUUCCUCGCCACUAGAAAUGGACAGCAUGGACCCCUUUGGCCUCGCCUCCAAACUCUCACCCAUAAAGAGCCCCAGCUUCCAGAAAUGAGUGAGGCCACUGCCAGGAUUUGGAAACCAAGCCCUCCGUCCCUCUCUUGUCCACAUGGAGCAGAUGGGCUGCAGGGGUGUCUUGAAGGAUGAAGACGUCCCUGGAGAGAGUGACAGUUACAGUUUUGUAAAUACAUAAAGCAUCUUGAGAUGGUCCAUGUGUAAGAUACUGAGCAUCUGCCAACCCCCUGCCCGCAGGAUCUCUUAUUUGGGCAGGGUCACCUUCCAUGGGGUGCAGGAAAGACUCCUUUCUGCCAUGCAUCAGUGAUUAUGGGAACUGGAAGGGUGGGCGUGACCAACCUCAGAUCCAUUUUGGAAUGGAGCCAAGGCUCAGAGUCACCCCUAGAACCAAGGCCUCAGCCGGGGGUGACCCCGGACUGGUCGUGACGGGCCUGCUGCGGACUGGAAGAGGCCCCCCCCCCCCCCCCCCCCGGGUCCUCAUCCUCACACAAGGACCAGGGUGAACGACCUCUCUCUCCAGCCUACUAAGCAUCAGAUUGCCCCAGGAGAUAAGGCUUUAGCCCCUCCCUGCCCCCUGCUAAUUCCGUCUUUCAACCUGGCUUACCUCACUUGAUAGGAAGAAAUGAAAUGACCUUGUCACCCCCAGCUUGAUGACUGCCUGUCUUUUCAGUGUAAACACAGCUUGAAAGAGAAAGAGAUAGGAGCCAGCACCGGGGCAGCUUGUGGACCCCAGUCAUCUGGGGGACUCUCAGACACAUGUCUAGAGGGAGGGCCCAAGGAAUAGCAAACAGCAGGCCCCGAGGUAGAGCCCCCAGAGGCCUCUCCCCUCCCAUGGUAGCACGCCUUGGGCUCCCUGCUCUCCCUCCUCUUGCCCCUUCUCUUCCUCUUCCUUUUCCUCUUCCUCCUCUUUCUCCUCUUCUUCUUCUGUCAGUGGUAGAGGGGGGACAGGAGCUGUGAACAAUCCAAGGCCAGCUUGGGGAUGCCUUCCUUGGGUACCCCGCCCACUCCCUAGAGCAGACUGCCACUCCUUGUAAUCGGGUCCUCCUGGGCAAUCUCACGCCUCCUCUGCCCAGCACUUAGCUGCCUCAUGUGCUAUUUAUGAGUAAUUUAUUGUCCCAGGUUCAGCCCGUUGUUUUUCUUUAUUUAUGCCCUGUCAUAUUUAUGCGCCGAUAGGAGCUUUGUUUUUUACAUUAA